ACCUGUAAGGAGGGUUUUUAUGAUGACAUGAAGCAGGAGUGUGAGCCGUGUCACCGCACAUGUCGAUCAUGUGGUGGUCCGGACGAUAACGACGGCGAUUCCUGUGAAGAUGACAUGCUUCUGGAUAGGGGUCAAUGCAUCAGCAUUAGCAAGAUCAAGUGUCCUGACGGAAAAUUCCUAAACGGUCAGGGUGAGUGUGAGCAGUGUGAUUCCUCCUAUAGGACGUGUUCAGGGCAUCGGAAAGACCGCUGUGAUUCCUGUCAUGAAGCCAGCUGUGUGUGUCCGUUUGUCCAAAUGAGACUCAUAGAAACCAGACAAGUGGGCGCUGUGAAGACGCUGUUUGAUGUGUCAGGGCGCACAUCACUGUCUGAAGUGCAAAAAUGCCUUUGAUCCACUCUACCUGCA